GUUUGCCUGCUUCAACCCCGGGAAAGCAAAACUCAGGGGCGGGGCGAGCGAGAAAAGGACGCGGGGAGGACGCUAGCUGGCUACUCGCGAAGGAGAGAUCCGGGACGAUCUGGAGACCCAGUGUCCACGAAAAGAAAGCAUACAGUCAUCUGAGGAAAGUUGGCUCAGGAAUUCUGGGAGUUGAAGUCCACAAGUCAUAAAAGGGCCAUUGUUCCCCACCCCUGAUGUAGAAGACUGAUGGGUAGGGAAGACCUUUACAGCAACCUUGAUGGGUCAGAAAUCUGGACAUCCCAAGGAAAAAAGAUCUCCCAAACUGUAUGGUUAUCAGAUUCUGGCACCAGAAGAAGAAGAAGAAGACAAAGAAAACAACAAGAAAGAAAACAACAAGAAUUUGGAAAAGAUUAGCAAGCAGUUUGAAGAAAUCAUUGGAAUGGCAGACUCAAGAAACGGUGCUGUUGGCUUAUACAACAUUGGAUUGAGCUGUUGCAUCAACUCAUUGCUUCAAAGCUUCUUAAUGAACAGAUACUUCACUACGAUACUUCGGAGGAUUAAAGUACCAUUUGGAGCGGCAGAACAGAAGGCCAGUGUCCCUUACCAAAUGCUUCUGCUGUUAGAAAGUAUGCAGCAGGCCAAGGGGAAGUCUGUGCGCCCUUUCGAUCUUAUCUGCUGCCUUUCUCGUCACGGCGUGAGAUUGUUUGUUCGCCACGAUGCUUCAGAAGUCUAUUACAAAAUCUGGAACCUACUUAAAGACCAAAUCACAAACACAGACCUGGUUGAAAGAUUGACUCAUCUGUAUACCAUCCGUUUACAAGAGCUCUUGGUGUGCCAGAAAUGUUUCCAUGAAAUAAAGAUAGACAGUAACCAGCUAAUGCUUCAUCUUCCAAUGUUUGAUUUUGAUUCUCAUCCGAUUAUUAACUUGGAAAAUUCACUACGCAGUUUUUUCAGACCAGAGCAAUUAACUAAAGAAAAUAUGUGUUACUGUACGAAGUGUGACAAGAAAACAUCAUGUCUGCGGACGGUGAAAAUAACGUAUUUGCCACGCAUGUUGACGCUGCAUCUUGCUCGCUUCCGUUCCAAAGAUGGCAACAGAACUAGGAAAGUCACACAUAGCUUGGCUUUCCCACCAAAGCUAGAUUUCAGCCAGAUCUUGGCACCGGAACAGUUUCAUCCAGAUGCUAAAAAGCGUGAUGGGAUGUAUGAUCUCUUUGCGGUGAUUGCCCACUCGGGAUCAGCUGACUUUGGUCAUUAUUGUGCCUAUAUCUGGAGUCUCACCGAAUAUAAGUGGUAUUGCUUCAACGAUUCCAGUGUUUGUAAGGUAUUCUGGGAUGAUAUCAAAUCUACUUAUGGAAGACAAUCUCUCUGUUGGGGUGAAACUGCCUACCUUCUGGUUUACAUGAGAAGGAGUAGCAGAUCCCUCUCAAUGGAAAUGAAGACUCACAGUAACUGGGAAGGCCCCAUUCACACUCCCUGAAUUAACCCAGCAAGUUGAACCCAUGUCCAUCAACAUCAGUGAAAGACAAUUCAUAUGAAAAAUGUACAUCUCAAAGGGAGAAUUAGGAAUGUAGUUAGCCCUCUAGAAAAUGAGUACAUAAACAAAAGAAUGAAUUUAUUUCUAAAUAGCUCUGGAAAGCUGCCCAUAAUUCCUUUUUGGGGGUCCAGUUUCUACAGCAGUGGUGGUGAACCUAUGGCACGUUUGGUAGAGGUGGCAGUCAGAGCCCUCUCUGUGGGCACACGUGCCAUACCCCAGAGAUGGCAACUAUCUCUUCAACCAGCCGCCUGCUAACUCGC